GUUGUGGUGGGGCAUAUGUCGGUGUUUAACGGGCAGCGGUGGCGCAGGGAUGCGGCACAUGGCGGACUCUUUCUGACCGUGAAGGCGCCUAAAAUGGCUCCGCUCAAAAAACCUCGUCCUCCGCUGCUGUUUCACAAUCACCAGCGCUGAGCAGCGGCAUGCUUCAAUUAUCGGACACAGCAGCGGGCUAACUUUUGUAGCUUCACCCACUUUUUUAUUUUCUUCUUUUCAUAAAAUAAACUCCUGCUCCCGUGUGUGACACGAACACGCCCACUAUCACUUGUACUAUAAUUUAAGUAAACCUCACGCACGUUUAUGUUGACGCUUUGUUUUUGUUGAUGUUGGCGCCUUAAACAACCCGCAGCUGUGAUUCUGACACGUCGUCGUGGUCACGCGAUCACUUUUAAAGAUUUCUCUUUUAACUGUUUGAAUUUGAGUUGAUCCGUUUUUGUUUCUGGUUGUUUUUCUUUUAAUUUAGAUAACAUCAUAAUAGUUAAUAUUUCUAAUAAUGCCACUGAUUAAAAUCUCAGAAGAAACCAGAGGAAUAUAAUGAUUUAUGAUGAUGAGUGAACUUUUGUGUAAAUGUCUGCUGCAGAUGUCAUUGGUGGAUCUGGGGAAGCGUCUGUUGGAGGCUGCUCGUAAAGGUCAGGACGAUGAGGUCAGAAACCUGAUGGCCAACGGAGCUCCUUUCACCACUGACUGGUUGGGGACGUCACCGCUCCACCUUGCGGCUCAGCACGGUCAUUACUCCACGGCUGACGUCCUGCUGAGAGCCGGCGUCAGCAGGGACGCUCGCACCAAAGUGGACAGGACGCCGUUACACAUGGCCGCCGCCGAGGGACACACGGUGAUCGUGGAGCUGCUGGUCCGGAGUGGUGCAGACAUCAAUGCCAAAGACAUGCUGAAGAUGACGGCUCUUCACUGGGCGGCUCAGCACGGUCACCACAGCGUUGCACAGACGCUCAUCAAACAUGGCGCCGACGUUCACGCGCUCAGCAAGUUCGACAAGACGCCGUUUGACAUCGCGGCCGACAUUCAGAACACAGAGCUCAUGCUGCUGCUGCAGGAGGGCAUGCAGAACCAGGUGAACAUGAACCAGGUGAGUGUGAACGUGGAGACGAGCAGCAGCAACAACCAACCACAGUUCAUCAUCCAGGGAAUCCCCGCCCUCCAGGGGGGCGUGGUCAACCUGGCUGAGCUGCUCAACAAGGCCAAUGCAGGAGAAUCUGAGGAGGCCAUGGCGGCCAGCGCUCUGGACUCUAACAUUCAGCACGCCACUGUUGUCAAUGAGGGCGGUCAGAGGGUCAUCACCAUAGUAACAGAUCAGCACGGUAACCUGCAGACUACCGGAGGGAUGACUCAGCCGUUCUUUGUGACCAUGCAGCACGGACAACAGAUGCUGGCUGUUCCUGCCAACACGGUGACAGAGGAGGUGGUGACCGAGGAGCCACAGCCGCCGCCGCCACCACCACCACCGUCCAGGAAGAGGAAGCUGGAGGUGACCAACAACCAUGACACUGGAGAAACAGAGCUGCUGCAGCGCCAGCUACAGGAAGCUAACAGGAAGGCGCAGGAAUAUCGUCAGCAGCUGCUGCGUAAAGAACAGGAGGCCGAGGAGUAUCGCAUCAAACUGGAGGCCAUGAGUCAGGCCAACAACGCCAACACUGCCGCCAACGCCGCCGCCAGCCCAGAGGAAGUAGUGGGAGGAGACGAGGAUGAAGAAGAGGGGCCAGCGAGCGUGGUGGAGGAGGAGGGUGAGAUGGUGGUGCUGCAGGAGGGAGGCAUCAUCAUGGAGGGCGAGGAGGGUCAGGUGACACUUGUGGAGACUGGCGGUGAAUCAACGGAGGUCAGCUCGUAACGGAGCGAGAUGAGACGGAUGAGGUCAUCAUUAGUACGUGUCACUCAGACACCAUUUUGAAAAGAUUCAAAAACACUAGGAGAAGAAAACAACCCACACAUUCAUGUGGGACAAAAUGGCUGCUCCUGAAACUAAACAGACUAAAGCAAGUUUGUAAUCAUUCAAAUGCAACAGUAGAUUUUAGAGGGAAGUGAAGCAUGUGACCAUUUUAACCCAUUCAUCACACACACACACGAGACAGUGUCAAGAGUUUUUAACAGUGAAAACAGUUUGUCCACAUUCUGUCUGUCCUCAUCUGCUCCUGUCUGUUCUGGUCUCAAGGGCCUUGUGAAGAAGAACUGAACCCAAUGUUUGGUUCUGAACCAGAAUCAUGGUGAAACUGUGGUCGCUGUUUGACUCCUCGUUCAAAUGUGUCUGUUUUCCAUCAUCAAUAACUCUGUUCAUUCAUUCAUUGGCUUUGAUAGGUUUCAGUUGUGUUACUCCUGGUGCUACAUUCAGGAAUAAUCAGAAAAAGGCAUUUUCAGUCAUUAAUCAAUGUGUUUUCAUUGAUUCACAAAAUAAAGAGUCCCUAAUUCAUUCUAAUUUAUCAUUUUGAACCAAAUAUAGUUCCUCUCACCUGUACCUGAACGCAGCGUUUGUAUAACAUUACCUUUUAAGAAAGUUAAAGGCCACAUGACCCAGCGUCAGGUGUUGUCAGUGUUCUGAAGUUGACUGUUUAUUCAGUUUAGUUUGUGUUUAAUGGUUCAUUCCGUUCACACCUGCUGUCCAUCAUCAGUUAUUGAUCACUUCCAGUCAGCUGACAGCAGGUGUGUGUGUUUUUAUAAGCUGAGUGAAGAACUUUUCUAUGUACAUAUAAAGUUGUAUUUUUUUAACUGAACCUGAUGAGUGAUGGCUGCCUGUGUUAAUGAUCACAUUAUAAACACUUUUUUUUCAAUAA